AUGGAGAGACUUGAUGCAAAAGCCCUACACAAGUUCAAGUCUGUGUCUAAGCAAUGGAAAUCUACCAUCCAAUCCCCUUGUUUUCAAAAGAGACAGUUGUUCCGUCGUAAGCAAUCAGGAGAUCCAUGCGUAGCUUUGGUGUCCUCCUCAUAUGGAGGUUCUUACCCUAAUCCCGACAUUGAAGCUCUGAGAACCUUGGUGGUUGGGUCAUCAGUUUCUCUUAAGAUCCCUACUCCUUGGGAGAACAAGACUUAUAGCGUUUGUACUAGUAGCUGUGACGGCCUGCUAUUCCUCUACGAAGGGUGUGAUCCCAAUAUCGUCGUGAAUCCCACCACUCGUUGGCAUCGAAGAUUCCCUCCAUGCAACUAUCAACUAGUCACUUUUGAAAAGAGGGAGACACGACACAAAACGAUCUAUCUUCCUGGAUUUGGUAAAGAUAAAAUCAGUGGCACAUACAAGCCAGUUUGGUUAUACAAUUCCCUUGAAAUAGACCUAAACAACAAUGCUGCUGCUACUACUACUACUACUUGCGAAGUUUUCGAUUUCACCACAAACGCUUGGAGGUACGUUGUUCCUGCGUCCCACUUUCUGAUUCUUGACAUCCAAGAUCCUGUAUAUGUAGAUGGGUCACUCCAUUGGUUCACUGCUCCACACGAGGGCGAAACCAAGGUUUUAUCUUUCGAUCUUCACACGGAAGCUUUUCAAGUCAUUGCCAAAGCACCUUUUCACCACGAUUCUAAUCAACAUAUCACCAUGUGCAACCUGGAUGAUCGUUUAUGCGUAGCCGAGAAAGAGGAAUCCGAGCAAGUGAUAUGGUCGUUAUGUUCAGAUCACAAGACGUGGAGUAAAAUAUAUUCCAUAGAUCUCGAUAUAACUUUUGAUUCGUUUGGGAUUUAUCCUAGUCAUGCUCUCAUCCCACUAGCGGUAUUGGAAGAAGACAAGUUACUGUUUUAUGAUACUGGAUAUUCUCCAUUGGUAAUACAUGACCCCAAAACCAAGUCUUACGAUUUAGCUUACACGUCUAAGGCAUCUCAUGCACAAGCUAUUUGUUAUUUCCCGAGUUUAAUUUCUAUUUUUUAA